AUGUUUGCAGCUUUAAAGUAUCAUUCAACAGACUAUUUAUAUGAGAGCAUAGCAAGGCAGAAGUUUUCCAUCUGGAGAUUAUCACUUUGCUUGCCUCCCUGUUUACAUCAAGAUGAAAAGGAUCAUCUCACUGGACUGUUUGCUGAUGAUAAGUAUAGGAAGCCAUGGACUAGAAUUACUUCAACACAGAACAUGAUCGCUAUUUCAGUAUUGGAUCAAUGGAAGCAAAGUUUAUCUGUGGAGGAUUUCCUGGAAAAGAAACCUAUCUCUUCUGUAGAGUUCUAUAUUGGUAAUGAAUUAAUAGAAGUUAUUCCAAGUUCGAAUCCCUGCUCUCAGAAUGACGUAGAAGGACUUUUUUUACUUAGGAAUGUUUUUACAGAAGAAUCCACCCAAGACAAAUAUUUGAAGACUAACUAUGCCACUGAAUUUAAAGAACAAUGGCAAGAUUUAUAUAUGGAAGAGGAACUUGUUUUUAUUGAUAAUCUUGAAAAUUUUCGUAAAAAACUGCCUACUUCAUCUAUACUUCUGAGCAGACUACAGUUUUUUCUAGUGAAAGAUCCCCUUCUAGAUUCUGAAGGACAGAAUUUAACAGAAGAGAAUAUUUUCAGGGAAUGUUUGACUUUCCAAAAUGAAAUGAAGAUGGAAGAGAUUUUAAAGGAAUUGCAGGGGAUUAAAGAGAACUUCUGUACUAUAUCUGUAAAAGAUGAAGAGUAUUUCUUGCUGCCUGUUGAGUUAGGAUUCUGCAAACCCAGCAAUGGCAGAUCAGAUUCUGUUAAGAUUCCAUCAUAUUUGGAACUGAAAGAGUUGUUGAAUUUAGCUCCAGAAACUAUGGCUGAUGAAGACAUGUGCAAAGAGGUGAUCAAAGAAGAUCUCAAAGCAGAAAUUACAUAUGAAAUAGAAAUUUCGAAGUACCGUCCCCUACCAGAAGAGGUUUGCUCCAGUAAUAGCAGAAGUAUGUUGGAAUUCUGUGAGUCAGCUAAAUCCAUUCCAUAUCUGAAAGAUGAAAUGGAAGUACCUUUAACUCCUCCAUGCAGACAACAAAGAUCGUGGGUUAAUUUUGUGUGCACGGGACUUCAAGAAGAACCUAUUCCUCUUUCAGGUAACAGUAUUUUGAUUACAGAGCCCUCUAAGGAAUACUUAGAAUGUUUGAUAUGGCAAUCAGAGAAGUAUCGGGAUAAUAUGAACUCUCUUUUGCUUGUUGAGCAUCAGCCUGUUAAACUUGCAUAUCAGUGUCAUUCGCUUGCAGAACUGAAGGAAAUGCUACUAGUUGAGGUAGAAGCACCAACACUUAGCUCACUAGAGGAGGGCUGGUGGCUUGUUUUGGGUUUAAAUCCAGUCUCCGUAGAAACUUUGGAGCAAUUAAAAAUGGAUGCCAGUAAUGCAAAUAAUUUGCUUCCUACAGAAGUAGAAACAUUCACGCAAUUUCCAUCGUAUCAGUUAGAAAGAUGGCUUGAAGAGAAGAAUUCUGUGACAAACCAGGAGCUGCUUUGUGCUGAAGGACAUCAGUUGGACAAACUAAUGAAUCAUUACAUGUCACCACAGACUCAAAGGCAGUACUUUGCCCUGCACAUGAGUGCUGCGUCAUCUGCCAAAAUUGACAGUACAAAUAUAUCUGUGGAAGAGCUUACUGGAGGAAGCAUAAAAAAGAAUAAGGUAGAAGAGGCAAAUUGUUUCUUAAACCAAGAAAAGAAAACCCCCAAAUCAUCUGAGUCAGUCAGCUGUAAAUAUGUGUCUUCUAAACAAGACAACUCAUCCAGUAGUCAAAAGCCUGCAUCAUUUGCACUUGCUACAAAAUGGGACAGCGAUGAUUCUGAUCUGAGCAACUUUAUCAUGCUGAGAUCUAAACAUACACUCAUCCAAAAAGAGGAAGAAAAUGAUGUAGAUAGUCCUGGAAAAGUGCCACAACCUGAAGAACACCAUAUGGAUGUUCAGAAAGAGGACAGUUCUGUUUGUGAGACUGUAAGAUUAGAAGAAAAAGAACUAGAGAAUGAGGACAGCAUCACAGUCGAUAUUCAAGCAUCAGAAAGCCAAUGCCAGGCAUUCCGCCUCUUGGAAGAAGCAGCCACUCCUGUUCUAAAAGAUUUGACACAUCUGGGUGUACUUUCUUCUGUAAAUUGGAGCUUUGACAGCGUUAAAUUUGAUCAUACAAGGUUUUUCUUAAAACAGCAGGAGAAAGUGAUAUGCGAUUGUUUUAAAGAAGGUAAAAUAGAUGACAAGGAGAUCAUGCUGUUCAGACACGCUGCUCUGGUGCACCUGUUGGUGACAGUUCGAGAUCUUCUGUUAACGUGUGGCUUGGACACAGCACUAGGUUAUUUGUUCAAGGCAAAGGAUAUCUAUAAAAACAUCUUAGAAUCCUGUUUGAAUAACAUCUGGAGGCAGUUGAAGAUUGUGCAGUACAGCAGCCAGAAAAAGCAGGAGACAAAUCCCAAAAUAACAGAGCUUCAGUGUCAAAUUUUAAAUUGGAUGCAAAGAUAUGGAGGGGAACAUGUUGUUAAGAUACUAAUCAUAACAAGAAUGGACUCUGAGAGAGAAAAAGCUGACCUCGUUCACACUUUAUCUAGAGUAGAAGGUAUAAAAGCUAUGGAUUUGAAUUCUGAGAAAAAAGGAACCUUUUUAGGUUGUAAAGAUCUCAUAAGCAACCUUAGUAGAUAUUCCUGUGUUAUCGUACAUAAUCAGCAAAUCGGAGCUGACUUCCCUUGGACACACUUCUCAUUAGUAGUGGAAUUCGAUUAUUCUGAAAAUUCUUGCUGGAAAAAUCUGUGCAAAAAUCUGAAUGUUGCUUACAUGACUUUUAAAACUACCCUCCCUGAAACAGUACAAAUGGGGAAUCCUUGUGGUUCCUUUCUUCUGGAGGUACAGAUUCCGUAUGUAUUUCUGGCAACUGAAGGUCUUCUUAACAUGCCAGACAUUCUUCAGCUUUUGGAAUCCAAGUACAGCAUUACCUUUGUUGAAAGAAGCAGUAGUUACCCCUUAACGCUCUUUGGAAGUACAGAUCGAUAUGUUGUGUUGACAAUAGAUGAAUGUACUGCUGUAUUUUUGCAGAGCAUGGAAGAACUAAAUUAUGAGAAAUCCUGUGAUAAUGUAAUAUCAAAGCUGAUGGCAUUAUCGAUCCAAUAUACAUGCUGUUGGAUUCUUUUCUAUUCCAGAGAAAGCCUGAGUUUAGAGUACAGCCUCAGGGGAGAUACUCUGCUUAACCUUGUCUUAAUUUAUGCCACUCUAAUUGAACUUACACAGAAGUGGGAAGACUUUGAAGUGAAGGUAGUUCUUAUGCCAGGGAUUGAAGAGACGGCACUGGUAAUUCGUCAGAUUGCUGACAACAUUUUGAUAGCAUCUAAUGUCAGUCCUCAUGAGUGGUUGGACAAAUCCUGGCUUUCUGUCUUGCCAUCUGAGACAGAGCAAUGCCUGCUUACUUUUCCAUGUAUCAACCCGCUGGUUGCUCAGUUUAUGUUAAAGAAGGUAUCUUCGCUGAACAGAUUGUUUCUUGCAAGCUUUGAUCAACUUCAAGAACUUCUGCCGGAGGUUCCAAAAAAAGUUUUAAAGCAUUUUAGUGACAUGACAUCUUUGUACAGCCUAAAUACCGAUGCUCCACUAGAAAAGGCAGUGAAAGGUGCAUCACCCCUAGAAAACCGGAAUAACUUCAACACAUUGUAUCCAGAUUAUAAACAAAAUCAUCAGUCUUUAGAGCUGCUUGGGACGUCUCAUACGAAUUCCGAAGCCAUAAUUCCUCCACUGAAUCAUCAUCAAGGAUUUUUUGACCCUGGUCUUCCAAACUAUGUGCAAAAGAAAUCAUGUUCAUCAGAAAUAAUUAUGGGGAUAAAGCAGAAUUUCUCUCCUGUGCUAAAGGACUGUGAAGAUUUUGCUCAUCUAGAUGUUUCGAAUUCUCUUCAAGUUCAAAGACAGCCUUUCAGUAUGCACUGUAGCUCUGGUCAUUCUUCCAAAAACUUUGAAAAAGAGGAUUUCUUUCCAACGUUCACUGACUAUGCACCCCAGGAGAGCUCUAAGGGUUUUCUAGAAGAAUUUAGAGACCCAACGUUUAAGAGCCCAGAAAUUCUGAUUGACCAGACCCCAUGGAAUGACUUUUCAUCCACAGGCCUGUGUGAUUCAUUUGCAUGUGAUGGUUUUCUCUCUGAUGUGUUUGUUGACCCAGAUGAGCCUCAGAGUCUGAAUUUUCACCAAAUAGGUAGAGAAUCUAAAGGAAAGAGAAAACAAAGUCCACCAUUCUUAUGGACAAAAGAGAAAAAUAGAACAGAUUCAGGAUUUGCGGAAGUAACAGAGUUCAAAAAAAGGAGGCUGACGUAUGAAAGAGUCCCUGGAAGAAGUGAUGGACAAACACGUCUUAAAUUCUUUUGAAUGCAAUGGAGAUUUGCAUACUACACAUACUUUUUAAAAUUCUUAAACUCCUUGAAGGGAAAUAAAUGAAAUUUUUUUUUUUUUUCAUUUUUAGAGAGAAAUUAGGGUUUGGGAAUCCUUACUAAUUCAGGAUUCUUUUCUAUGUUUUUAAAAUUUUACUAAACAAACUAGUUCCUUGAAUCUGGACAGUUACUGCUUCUCUCUUUGUUCUCAUGGGUGUUAUAAAGGUACUUUAUCGCUUUUUAUACAAAAAAUAAAAUACGAAUGAAAAAAAACGAAACACUAAAGCUCAUAGUUAAAGGCACCUAUGUUUGCUCCCUGAGCAUUGAGCUUUGCAAACUUGAAGACGGGCUAGAUCUGCUGAAUCUCAAGGCUGCUCAUAAAGUCUUAGAGCUUUCUUGCAUUUACAGCUGUAACCCUUCGUAUUUGUUCCUUGAGCUUAGCUCCACUCCUUUCCUUCUGAAAGCUCCUUUAGAAACCAUGGGAUGAGUUCCUGAACUGCCUUUAAUCAUAAUCAAGCUACAGAAACAACCUGUUUGUUUUGUGGACAAGAUGUGCAAGAUAUGUUGAAAUAUAGGAUUCUAAUAGAUUUGAUUCAGAGAACUAAGCUGUGACUGUAGCUCUCUGCAUGAUCUGGUGGGGUCCAUUUGUUGGCAUCCGCAUUUUUCAACCUGCUGCAGUGCAUUGGCAGGUAGGGAGAUGAGAGUCAUCUGAGAGGCAGUGCCAGAUAUUGUAGGCUACAGCUGGAAGAGGUAAGAGAGGGUUGUUUUUUUUUUUUUUAAAAAAAGGCAUCUCAGUUGCAAGCCACAGAAGAGAGAAGAUAGAAGAAUAUCCAACCCCUCACUUUCCAUCCAAAGAUCUGGCAACGAAAGUGGAAAUAUCUGCGGGAGCAAUGGUAGACAGUAACUCCAUUCUGCUGCAGGAAUGCAUGCAUGGUUUGCACAGGCAUGCCUGCCAGCUCUAGAAUGUUGGUGUCUGUUCAGUGGCCUUCAGCUGAGAUGAUUCAGUUUUCAAAGUCACAAAUCUUUUAAAGUUUGAUGCAAUGAAAGAAAAAAAAACCAAAAAAAACAACGAAACAACAAACCACCAAGUUCAGGGUUAUGCUUACAAUAAAACACUUUCCUGACAUUGAGCCUUCAUUAAGCGCAUAUUCACUAUUUGGAUAAAUAAAACCGUCACUUAGGAGAGAAAGCUUUGGUCUUUCAGAGAAAAUGGAGUGUUGAUUUUCGGCUGAGAAUUCCUAAAAGCUAUUAUGACAGCAAUUAUAGCAAUUUUAUUUCACACUAAUAUCCCCAAAUUAUUUGUAUGCAAAUUGUUCGCAAGACUUUAGAAACUUUCUAGUUUGAAAGCUAUGCUUUCAAGUGUAACAUUAAAAGACUUUUAGUAGAAUUGCAAACAACCCAGAGUUACCCUAUUUUGCCCAGAAUAAGAGAAAAACUUAAAUAAAAAAUGUGGUUUGCUUACUAUUUCUGGCCCAUUUUUGUGGUCACUUGCCCUAACCAUUCUCCAUCUCUGCGUCAUGGGUUUGGCUCUGUUUUUCAGAACUGUGUCCCAAAUUGCCAGGCCCAGGAAUCUGUUCUUUUUGGGAGUGCAGCUCUACAAAGUCUCAGUCACAGAUGACCACACUUGAGAAAAUUAUAGCUGCCGCUGCCAAGCUAUGUAUUUAUGUUCUCCUUCCCCACAGGCAAAGGGUGACAGCAGAACUUUCACAUGCACAAUCAUGGAAGACUGGCUCAGAUAAUCUGCGGAUCGCUUUGAAAACAAAGGCAUGUUGCCUACAUUAAAUAAGUAAAGAAAAAUUAAGGGCUGUCUUGCAAUGACCCAUUAUUUUUUACUGUAUUGGUUUA